AUGGCCUCGACUUUCGAAGUCUUCAACCUGGCAGCGCCCUGUGCUGCUGCCACGGGCAGCGUUUGGUUCUCGCCGCAGCAGCCUUACCGCGAUGUGAGGGACUACCAGCUGGCACCGCACCACCAGGGCAUGGCGCACCCUCCGCAGAACGAGGCGGUGCGCCGUGACUUGCUGCGAUACCUCGGCGCCAACGGCAUCAGCCAUUCGCGGAGGUCCGUGCGUCGGCCGGCGAGCGAUGCGGAGGCGCGGCCUCGCCCACGCUGGCGGCCCAGCGGAUCGUGCCAGCGCCAGGCCAGCUUGGGCUUCCUGGCGCCGGAGGCGCCCGACCCGCUGCCCAGCUUCUCCCGGGCGGGGUCCCGGGGACCCCGAGUGCAGAGAAAGGCUGGGUGA